CGUAACGUGACGAAGGAAUUUUUUUUAUAUUAUCAGCACAGACGAUUCGUAUAAAAAGAAGUCUCGCAAAAUUAUCUACUUCAGUGUGUUUGACCACGGCUCUCAAUUUUUACGGAAUAAAUAAUAUUGGCGCAAUGUCGUGCUUUGGAUAAUCUGUGAUCUUUGAUCUUAAAAUAUCAAUUAUCAAAUUAAAUUCAAGAGUUAUUGAAAUGGGUUUAAGUGUUUACAAACAGAGUGAAAAGUUUUUGUAAAUUUGAGUGAAUAAAAUAGAUUAACUUAUUAAUUUUGUAAGGACAAAUAAAAUUUCAUCGCAUUUUUCUCUCCUUAUCUUCUUCGCAUUAUUGAGCUAUAUACUUUACUCAAAGAUAAGAAGCUUAAAGUAGAAAAAGGACAAUGGAAGACUUCUGCGGAGGUCCUCUUUGGGAUGACGAUCUCACGUGGGCAUCGGAAAAUCCAGAUUUUACGCCAUGUUUUCACAAAACCAUCAUGGUGUGGGUUCCAUGUGCGUUCUUUAUCUUAUUCGUACCUCUGGAGCUAUAUUUCAUUGCGAGUAGCAAAAAUGGCCGAAUUCCGUGGGGUUUUCUGAACAUAUCGAAAGGAAUUGGAACAUUCCUGCUCUUCACUCUGGCUACGGCGGACCUAGCCGUGGGAGCUGAUCUAUGGAUUGCAGACACUCCUGGAGUAUACCCAGUUCAUAUUGUAACGCCGGUCAUCCUAAUGGUCACUUUCAUCCUUUCUUUGACACUCUUGCUGCUUCACAAGAAGAGAGGAAUCCGAUCAUCCGGCCUUAUGUUCCUUUUCUGGUUCUUCAUUUUCUUCCUUGCAAUCUUCCGCUUCCGUUCUCAGCUCAUGAAUUUCGAUUCAGAUGCGGAAACAGUGGAGGAACAAAUUGACUUCCACACCUACCAAUAUGCAAGUGUAAUCACGCACUUCUGCCUCUGCAUCAUCAUGUUACUGCUCAACUGCUUCUCCGAUUUGCCACCAGAAGAUCGAGUCAAAGUUGGAAAACCUAGUCCUGAAAAUUCAGCCAGUUUCCUGAGAAAACUCUUCUUCCAAUGGUUCGAUCCAAUGACCUGGAAAGGCUACAGAAAGCCACUGGAAGUGAGUGAUAUGUGGGAUUUAAAUGAGGAAGAUCAGACCCGUACCUUGGUUCCACCUUUCGACAAGUACUGGUACGAUAGUGUACGGAAAAACCAAUCAAAAGAAGAUGCAAAAGCUAAUGCUAAGAAGAACACACAAAAUGGAUACAGCAAUGGGUCUGCUUUUACACCAUCAAGUAAAAAUAAGGCUCAUGGUAAAACUAAUGGAUCAAUUCUUCCUGCUAUGGUGAAGGCUUUUGGAGGACCUUUCUGGCUUGCGGGUAUCCUGAAACUCCUGGUUGAUCUUUUAGGAUUUGCUUCCCCUCAAAUAUUGGGACUCUUGAUCCGUUUUACCAGCGACUUGGAACAACCAUUAUGGCGUGGUUUAUUCUAUGCUUUCUUGAUGUUUGCUGUAGCAGUGCUUACAUUGUUCCUCAAUGGGCAAUAUUUUCACAUGACUUAUGUCGUUGGAUUUAGGAUACGUAGUGCCCUUAUAUCUGCCAUAUAUCGCAAAGCAAUGAAAGUGUCUAGUUUGGCUAAAAAAGACACAACAGUUGGUGAAAUUGUCAACCUUAUGGCAGUAGACGCUCACAGAUUUUUUGAGUUAGUUCCCUAUCUACAUUUCAUAUGGUCUGGACCACUUGUUAUGGGCAUAGCACUAUAUUUCUUGUAUGACCUCCUGGGAGCAGCCAUUUUUGCAGGCUUGGGUGUUAUGAUCCUCAUGGUACCUUUCAAUGGUUGGAUUGCAGUAAAAUUAAGAGAUCUUCAAGUAGAACAAAUGACUAUAAAAGAUCAACGUGUAAAGACAAUGAACGAAAUUUUAGGAGGAAUGAAAGUCCUAAAACUUUAUGCAUGGGAACCAAGUUUUGAGACCAACGUAAAGGAUAUUCGUGAAAAAGAAAUGAAAGUUCUCCUCAAGAUGGCAUAUUAUAGUGCCGCGAAUUUCUUUGGUUGGACUCUAACACCGUUUCUCGUAUCAUUGGCUUGCUUCACGACUUAUGUGUUAAUGGAGGAAGGAAAUGAUCUAACUGCAACAACGGCAUUCAUGUCACUUGCUCUUCUCAAUAUCUUGAAUGAGCCAAUGAUGAUGUUCCCUAUAAUAAUAACAUAUGCUAUGCAGGCUUUAGUAUCUGUAGAUCGUGUCAACAAGUUUAUGAACAACGAAGAACUCGAUCCUGAUAAUGUUACUCAUCAUCCCCAUAAGAGUGCUCUUGUCGUAGAGAAUGGUAUAUUCACUUGGGGUGACGAUGAGGCAACGCUCAAGAAUAUUAAUUUGGAAAUUCCAAAAGGAGCUCUGACUGCUGUUGUUGGUCCUGUUGGCUGUGGAAAGAGUUCUUUGGCCAGUGCUCUACUUGGAGAAAUGGAGAAGAAACAGGGCAAUGUGAAUACGGUUGGAUCCAUUGCCUAUGUUCCACAGCAAGCCUGGAUCCAAAACGCUACACUUCAGGAUAACAUCCUCUUCGGACUGAAGAUGGAUCGUCAACAUUAUGACAAAGUGCUCGAGGCCUGUGCCCUAAAAUCUGAUAUUGAAAUGCUUCCUGGAGGUGAUCAAACUGAGAUUGGAGAAAAGGGAAUAAAUCUCUCAGGUGGACAGAAACAGAGAGUAUCACUGGCAAGAGCAGUCUACAGCAAUGCAGACAUUUAUUUGUUGGAUGAUCCUCUCAGUGCUGUUGAUGCUCAUGUAGGAAAACACAUCUUCGACAACGUCAUCGGGCCUAAAGGACUUUUAGCAGGAAAGACGAGACUUUUGGUUACGCAUGGUAUCUCCUACCUGCCACAUAUGGAUGAAAUUUUGGUCAUUAGUGGAGGUGAGAUCACCGAAAGUGGUCAUUACAAGGAGCUUCUAGCUCAGCGAGGAGCUUUCUCAGAAUUCCUCGUUCAAUAUCUUCAAGAAAUGGAGGAAGAUGAAGAUUUGGAAGAGAUUAAAGAUAUUUUGUCUCACAAACCAGAAGGUCGUCAAUUGCUAGAAAGAGCUCUUUCUGUUAGAUCCACGUCUUCAAAGGGAUCAAAGAAGGGAUCAAUGAGGAAGAGAACUAGCAAAUUGGAAAAUGAUGGAAUAGUUUUGCCGAAAGAAGGUACAAUCUUGAUUGAAAAGGAAGAGUCGGCUACAGGAAAAGUGAGCUGGGCAAUCUAUAUAAAAUACAUCAAGGGCGUUGGUUUAUGGAUGACAUUUUGGGCUCUUGUCAUGAAUCUUCUUAACCAAGGAUUUUCAGCCGGUGCCAAUCUGUGGUUAACACGUUGGGCUGAAGAUGAAGAAGCUCACAUUCCAGCCAACAGAGAUUUAUAUUUGGGUGUCUAUGGUGCUCUCGGUGGUGGUCAAGCCAUCACUCUCUUCUUAAGCACCAUUAUCCUUGCAAUCGGUUGCCUUAAUGCCGCUAAACUUCUCCAUCACAAGCUUCUUCACCAAACACUGCGACUUCCAAUGUCUUUCUUCGACACGACUCCCCUGGGAAGAAUCAUGAAUAGAUUUUCAAAGGAUGUAGAUAUUGCAGAUAAUAUUCUACCUAUGUCUUUAAGGUCUUGGAUCCUCAUGGCCUUUUCCGUUGUUUUUAUCUUUGUUGUUAUUAGUAUAACAACACCUAUCUUCAUGAGUGUGAUCAUUCCAAUCGGAAUAUUUUACUACUUCAUACAAACAUUCUUCGUAGCAACAUCAAGACAACUCGAGAGGAUUGAAUCAGUAACAAGAUCACCAAUUUACUCCCACUUCAGUGAAAGCCUUACUGGGCAAUCAAGUAUUAGAGCAUAUCAAAAGCAAGAUGGAUUUACGAAGCAAAAUGAAGAAAAGAUCGAUUUUAACCAGAUGUGUGCAUAUCCAAAUAUUAUUGCUAAUCGAUGGUUAGGAGUAAGAUUGGAGAUUGUUGGUAGCUUGGUCAUCUUUUUUGCUUGCUUAUUUGCUGUUCUUGGACGUGAGGACAUUGAUCCAUCCCUCGUAGGUUUAUCCGUAACAUACGCUUUGCAAACCACAGGAAUCCUUAAUUUUAUGGUAAGCGUAAGCGCUGAAGUAGAAUCCAACAUCGUGGCCAUCGAGAGAAUGGAAGAAUAUUCUAAUAUUACAAAAGAAGCUGAAUGGGAGAAGGGAGAACGCGAUCCUCUCUGGCCAAAGGAAGGAAGAGUGGAGUUUGAUAACUUUCAAGUGAGAUACCGUGAAGGAUUGGAUUUGGUACUCAAAGGAAUCACCUUUUCUGUGAAGAGUUGCGAAAAGGUUGGGAUCGUCGGAAGAACAGGAGCUGGAAAGUCUAGUUUGACUCUCGCUCUCUUCAGAAUCAUUGAAGCUGCUGGAGGAAAGAUUACCAUCGAUGACAAAAAUAUUGGAGAACUCGGUCUUCACAAUCUCCGAUCUCGUCUCACAAUUAUUCCUCAAGAUCCAGUUCUUUUCUCUGGUUCACUUCGCAUGAACCUUGAUCCUUUCAAUUCGUACACCGACGGUGAGAUUUGGCGGGUCCUAGAACUCUCUCAUCUGAAGCACUUCGUAAAGGGACUACAAGCUGGACUUCAGCAUGAAAUUGCCGAAGGAGGUGAUAAUUUAUCCGUUGGACAGCGUCAGUUAAUCUGCUUGGCCAGAGCACUGCUGCGUAAGACGAAAGUUCUGGUUCUUGACGAAGCUACUGCCGCAGUUGAUCUGGAGACGGAUGAUCUGAUCCAGAAAACAAUCCGAUCCGAAUUCUCUGAUUGCACCAUCCUGACAAUCGCUCACAGAUUGAACACCAUCAUGGAUUCGGAUAAGGUCAUUGUGCUCGACAAGGGUCAGAUAGCAGAGUUCGACAGUCCUACAAAUCUACUCAAAAAUCCCAAUUCAAUCUUCUACAGUAUGGCUAAAAAUGCAGGAGUUUCUAAUAGCACUACGAGCAGUUAAUUUGGUUUUUGGCUCUUGGAGGAAUAUUUCACAAAAAGAAAUCGGAUCAAUUUGAAAAGACCUGCGAGAAUUAUCGGGUUAUCAGUUGAUUCGUCACUUUAAACAACCAAAAAUGGACACUGUAGGGAAGAACUUCGAAAACUUAAUUUCACAUUUUGAGUUUUCCUUAAUAGUUUUUCUUUUAUUAUUUUCUUAAGAAUUUUUCCAAUAGUUGAGUUGUAUUGAAAUUGGUUAACAUCGGGAAUGUAAAAAUGGAAAUCAUUCUUACUGAUGUCUGGUCUAUUAUUUAGGUUGUUUUGAAGUUUUUAUGAGAAUUUUAUGAAAAUAAAUGAUUUAAAUGGUAAAA